AUGAUAGGCGAUUAAGAUAAAAUUUAAUUUAUAAGUGAGUCUAAUAGAUAAGAUAAAAAAGAAUCCAAAUCAGAUUUUAGUUUAAUGAAUAAAAACAAUUAACUUAAUAAUUUCAUAUAUUUUGGGGUAAUUUUAACAUUCACAUGUAUAAUUAUGUUGUUGUUUUGGAAUGUUAAUAAGUAAAAUAAUUAUAUAUAACCAAAAUAUAUUGAAUUUCACAAAUAAAAUGCACAUUUAAUAUGUAUAAGUAUUAAUAUAAGAAGUGGUGUCUUAAGAAGAAGUUGAUUAUUUUGAUUAAUGAAGCUACACAACAAAGGUUUCGAAUUGUAAUCAGACUGUUUUGAAUGAAAAAACUUUAGUUUUUGUGAGUAAUCAAAUUGUGAAAGACGAUAUUAAGCAUUGCAUAAACCAUUUAUAGUCAUAAUUUAGUGAUAUUUUAUUGAUAGUCUAUAAUGCUAUAUAAGAAUCUAUAUUAAAGGAGAAUUAUAAAAAUGUGAUUUAAUACUAUUUGUCAAACAAAGAAUUAACAAUAAGAAACUAAAAAAUUAAAAAAAAAGAAAACUUAGAGGAGUAUGAAUAAAUUGAAGUUAUUGUUUAGAUAAUUAAUAACAAUUUUAAAUGA